CAUGCACCGGUUGUACAUUGUUUGAAACGUUUUUGUUGUAUAAAACUAUUUAAUCUAACGAAAUAAACAUGAGUAAAGCACAUCCACCCGAGCUGAAAAAGUUUAUGGACAAAAAGCUUUCACUGAGCGUGGAGGAAAAAGCACUUCAGUCUCAUUCAGUUGAACUCCAAACAUCUCAGGGAACCGCACCGCUGACGUCACGAGCAGUUCUCUUGAGAGUGUGUGAAGAUGAGCCACUUCUCAAGCACUCUGAUGAGCACGCCGUCUACAGAAGCAUGCACAAAACUCCCACGAAAAUAUAAACAAGUGAAGCUUAACGGUGGCCGUCAUGUUCAGGGCAUCUUGCGUGGAUUUGACCCAUUCAUGAAUCUAGUAGUUGAUGACACUAUAGAAAUGGCUCCAGGAGGACAAAUGAACACCAUUGGGAUGGUGGUUAUCAGAGGAAACAGUAUAAUCAUGUUGGAGGCUCUUGAACGAGUGUGAAGAUGCCCAGUUUCUUGCUGUUUUGUAUUUUGCUUUUUGUCUCCAACCAGCUAAUGGAAAAAUGGGUCUCUUGUUUAGUGUUGUUUUGCAACAAAGGCUGACCAUUAAUACAGUAAUCUUCGAUUUUGUUGGAAAAUGUUCUGUUUUAUGAACACUUGUUUUUGUUUAGUUUUUUUUUUAUAUAUAUAUAUAUAUAUAUCCUAUUUCUGUAGGACUUUGUACACAAUUCAUGAACCAUUUUGGAGAAUAAAUGAGAUGGCAAUGUUAAAUCUUUUUGAUUAACAUAUAUCUCCUAUCUCGCUGUAUUUAUGGAUUUAUCAUGGAUUAUUAUUCAUUUAUAUUAACAUGAAACCGUUUAUAGUGUCUGUUAUUUGAAGCAGCUAUAACCAUUAAAUAAACUUGAAUCAU